CUGUUUCCAGUAUUUUCUGAAUUAUGGAGAUAAAAAAAAAAAAGAUAUCCAACAUUGUUUUCUUCAUCAAAAUCACAGAACUAGCAUGUAAGCUGUACCAUCUUAAACUAAUUAUGUCAACCAUGUUUAGUAGAAGUUGUUCUCUAGUUCUCUAAUUUAGUCAUUUUUUGUUCGCCUGAGAUGUGUAUAGAUGACUUUAUUUACACAAAUUUACAUAAACAUGUAUAACAAAUAUUUGAAAAUUGCGUUGUUUACAUAUUGAUUUGGUUACAGAGAUUUGUGGAUUUUGGGAAGGUUUGGCCGGACGUGCCACGUCACACAGCGUGAAUCCAUCCAUUGGUCAAACUCAAGCAUAUGCUGCUCCUUUUUCCUCCCUAUGGCUGUUUAACGCCCCAAACAGUAAAUAAUAUUUUGCCCAAUCAGCCUAACAAAGCGCAUAUCUUCGAGAAACACUUUUUAUGACUGCCAUAAGCAUUUUUAAUCGGCUUUGUAAUCGUUUGUAGUAGUCGUUCCCUUUGUGUUGUUUUCUUUUGCAUCACUUUUCGAGACAAUGGAGUCUCUUCGCCAUCAGCGCUUACAGCCCGGUAUCGGAUACGGAGCGAGCGCAACCGGGACGCUUCGGUCCCUGCGGCCCGGUGUAACCGGCACUCUUUCCUCGGCACAGGGUUCCCAUAUCUCGGUGUCUGCUUCCCCGGGGCCGCCGCCACCACUGCCGCCCCUUCAGCUCCACAGCCUCGGGUCCGGUAUCAUGGGCAGCGGGUUUGGUUCGGUGGACAUGGCGGCGGCAGGUCUGGGUCUGUCCAAUCCCACCAACCCGGCGGUUCUGAGGGAGGCGGUGGACGCGGUGGUCAGGAGCUUUGCCAAACACACGCAAGGAUACGGCAGGGUGAAUGUCGUGGAGGCCUUACAGGAGUUCUGGCAGAUGAAGCAGUCACGGGGUGCUGACCUAAGGAAUGGCGCUCUCGUAGUCUACGAGAUGGUCCCAUCCAAUAACCCCCCUUACGUCUGCUACGUCAGUCUCCCCGGGGGCAGUUGCUUCGGGAGUUUUCAGUUCUGCCCGACCAAAGCCGAAGCGAGGAGGAGCGCGGCCAAAAUUGCCCUAAUGAAUUCUGUUUUCAAUGAGCAUCCAUCUCGACGCAUCACAGAUGAGUUCAUAGAGAAGAGUGUGUGUGAGGCUCUAGCCUCUUUUAACGGAAACAGAGAAGAAGCUGAUAACCCUAGUACAGGCAUCGGUGCUUUUCGCUUCAUGUUAGAAUCUAACAAGGGGAAAUCUAUGCUAGAGUUUCAGGAACUGAUGACAGUUUUCCAGCUUCUUCAUUGGAAUGGUAGUCUCAAAGCCAUGAGAGAAAGGCAGUGCUCCCGUCAGGAAGUGCUUGCUCAUUACUCCCACCGAGCGCUAGACGAUGACAUGCGUACACAAAUGGCCGCCGACUGGGUCAGCCGAGAACACACUUUAUCCGGUACAAUCAAUCGAGAGAUGGCCGCCACCGAGCGCGAGCUGGAAGAGGCGCGUCUGGCAGGACGAGAGCUGCGGUUUUAUAAGGAAAAGAAAGACAUUCUGCUAAUGGCAGUGGGGCAGCUAGGUGGGUCAAACACUACAACUCUGCCCUGCACAUGCUGAAGAGCAUGAAGACGUGUCAGACGUGGCAUAUGAUUGUACCAGAUAGCACUCCAAAACUCAAAACAGUCUUUUUUUAAACUUGUGUAUGUGUGUUUGUGUGUGAGGAGUCAAAGAAUCAGCAUUUUGAAUAAUUCCACAGACAAACACUACAAUGAAUUAUUCGUUUUUUGAGAUCUAAACAAGGCAUUUUAAACUUGAAACUGAAUCAAGUGUUAUAUUGCUAUUAUUACUAUACCAGUAUUAUCCUCCAGUGUUAUCGAUCGACUGUACUGGCACAUUGACCUACUAUGUCUGAGUCGGGAAAAUCAGUUUUGAGGCCUUCUUAAAAAUCUUUGCAUUGUAGUUCUCAUGAAUCCUGUUACGCAUGGGCGCUGCUUUUUUUUUUUUUAGCUAACUCGCCAAAGCACCGCCCAUUAGUUUUUGUUGUAUGGACACACAAUAAUACAGUAAUUUUCAGUAUUCUGCAUUUAUAUUCACAGAAUAGCCUUGCUCAUUUAUUUGCUACAUAUAUGUGCUUUUGGUGAAUAUACAAACCUUUUCUUUGUAAUGUUAAUCUAAAGUAUGUUCAUGUAAACACGCAUUUAUAUACAGUACUUUUAAGUUAACUAAAUGUUUCUGCGAGAGCCAUAAAUGUUUGCUAAGGAAGCAACUACAUUAUAUUUCAUAACACAAAGGUCAGGUUUUCUCACACUGUCAUAACACCGAAAUCCCAGCAGAGGAAACAUACCAAGGCUGUUUCCUCCAGCCUAUUGAAAGAAAGCCUGAAGCUGUGCCCUCAUUAGAUUGCCUUCCGUUACCUUUGUGAUUGUAGAGCAAUCAUGCUCAUUUCAAGGCAACAUUUUAUUUCUACCUCCUCUCUCAAAGCUUUUGUGAACUUUUUUACCAUAUAUACAUACAAGUGCAGAUGGGAUUUGUGUUAAGAUGAGCAAUGCUUUGAAAUGUGAUGCUUCACUGAGAACAACAGGAAAUAAAACCAUAUACUGGUGGCCAAAACUUGGGAAUAAUUAAGAUUUUUAAUGAUUUGGAAAGAAGUCUUUUAUGCUGCUUUGAUUAUUGUCAAUCAGUAUUGGUGCUCAGUUAUUAAUGAUGGUUUUUAUUAUUGUCAAAGGUGAAAACAUUUUUACUUCUUAAUAUUUUUGAUGAAUAGAAAUAAAAAAAAAAAAAAGAUUUUAUUUGAAAUAGAAACCUUUUGUAACAUGUCUUUAGUGUCACUUGAAUCAAUUUAAUGCAUUGAAUAAAAAAAUUGUUUUUGUUGUUUUUUAAGAUCUUACUUACCCCAAACUUUGAAAAGUAGUGUAACACUGUUUACACAAAAAUAUUAAGCAGCACACUGUUUACUACAGAGCCCUGAACAUGACAUGCAGGAAAAAAAAUUAUGUGCAUCAUGGCCAUUAAUUAAGAAUUCGUUCCCACGACUUACUAAUACAUCAGCACAUUUUAAUUCGUUCCCUCGUUUUAAAGGGAUAGUUUAAUCAAAAAUGAACAUUCUCUUAUUUGCUCACCUUCAAGUUGUUCCAAACCUGUAUGAAUUUCUUUCUUCUGCUGAACACAAAAGAAAAUAUUUU